GUGAUGAGGUGGAACUCAAAACUGCCCAGCAUAAUCCAUAUCCAGUUGUAGAAGAAACUGUGUCACUCUUGUUAUUGUCAAAGAGAGAUGGGGCGCAGCAGUGUAAUGAGCAGGAGCAGAUUGAUGAACUGGGCUUCUCAUACGAGGAGGAGCAGAAGCCACCAGUACCAGCAGGCAUUCUCAACCUCCUCCGAAACUGGAAAAUCACUCAACCUCUACUCUGCCAUCAACCAAGCGCUCCACAUCGCCUUGGAAACUGAUCCACGUACUUAUGUAUUUGGAGAAGAUGUGGGCUUCGGUGGGGUCUUCCGUUGUACCACAGGCUUGGCUGAUCGCUUUGGUAAAAAAAGGGUUUUCAAUACCCCUCUUUGUGAACAGGGCAUUGUAGGAUUUGGUAUUGGUCUUGCUGCUAUGGGCAACCGAGCUGUUGCAGAAAUCCAAUUUGCAGAUUAUAUUUUUCCCGCUUUUGAUCAGAUUGUCAAUGAAGCUGCAAAAUUCAGAUACCGUAGUGGAAACCAAUUUAACUGUGGAGGCUUAACCAUAAGAGCGCCCUAUGGAGCUGUAGGCCAUGGUGGACAUUACCACUCACAAUCUCCUGAAGCUUUUUUCUGUCAUGCUCCUGGUAUCAAAGUGGUCAUUCCUAGAAGCCCACGACAAGCAAAAGGCUUAUUGCUUUCCUGUAUACGCGAUCCAAACCCUGUUGUGUUUUUUGAACCAAAGUGGUUAUACAGAUUAUCAGUAGAAGAGGUUCCUGAGCAUGAUUUCAUGUUGCCAUUAUCAGAGGCCGAGGUAAUACGAGAGGGCAAUGAUAUAACACUUGUUGGGUGGGGAGCUCAACUAUCUGUAAUGGAACAGGCCUGUCUAGAUGCUGAAAAAGAUGGAAUUUCAUGUGAACUGAUAGACCUGCGUACUCUGAUACCUUGGGAUAAGGACACAGUAGAGGCUUCUGUCAAAAAGACUGGAAGGCUUCUUAUUAGUCAUGAAGCUCCAGUUACGGGAGGAUUUGGUGCCGAAAUAGCAGCUUCAAUUGUUGAAAGUUGCUUCUUGAGGUUAGAAGCACCAGUCUCAAGAGUAUGUGGUCUGGAUACCCCCUUCCCUCUUGUGUUUGAACCUUUCUAUAUGCCCACAAAGAACAAGAUAUUGGACGCAAUUAAAACAACUGUAAAUUACUAGUACUGUAGAAUUGCAAGCUUGCUGCUGUCUCUCUCUUCCUAGGCUAGGGGUUAUUGCUGCAUAAUCGUCUUGCAAAUAAAAUAAGAUGGGAGUACCCCUUGCGGCCUUGGCUAAUGAUAUUCUCCAAUAAAGCGCACAAUGUCUUUACCAAGAUUAGACGAUACGAGCAAGACUGCACGUAAACUAUCCAUUGAUUCCUUAUAUACUCAAUUGAUUGGUUACUCAGUUUUAUGUCCAAACUGGAAUUAGUUUAUCUUAUUAUUUUUUACCAAUCUUAAAAAACAAUUGAGCA